AUGAUAUUUGAUUAUCUUUCAACAUGUGAUAUUCUUCAUGGAUUUUUAAAACUAAGUACAUAUAUUAAUUCAAUUGUUUUAAAUUACAAUCAUUAUCAAAUUAAUUUUCGAUCAAUUUUAAAAUAUGAUUUUGAUUUAAUAUGUCAGCAUAUUAGACCAAAUAAAAUGGUAUCAUUAAUAUUAUCUGAUGGAAUUGAUACACCUCAUCGAUCUGAUGUAUUUUUAUCAUUAUUUAAACUUGAAGAAUUUUAUUUAACUCUACAAUGUUUAACACUUCAAGAUAUAAAUAAUCAAUCAAUGGAAUUAAUUAUCAAUCAUUUAGAUAAGUUUAAUAAUUUAUCAUCAUUAACAAUACUAAAUAAUAAUUUAAUACCUUCAUCGAUAUUAAAAAAUUUAUUUACUCGAUUAAUUCGAUUAAAUAUAUCUUGUGAAUGGUUUUUUUAUAAUAUAACAUUAAUGCAUCAACUUAAAUAUUUAACAAUAACUAAUCGAUGUACAUUCAAUCAAUUAGAACAUAUUAUUCAUCAUAUUCCAAAUCUUAUUUCAUUAAAUAUUUGUCUUGAACGAGAAAAUAGAGCAACUAUUCAAGGAAUAACUUCAAAUCUGACUCGACUUGUUCUUAAUAUAUCAAUAUUUCAAAUGAAUAUGAUUCAUAUGAAAGAUUUGUUAUGUUGUUUUCCAUAUCUUAUUUAUUUUGAAGUUGAAUGUCGAAGUGAUCUUGAUUUAUGUGAUGGACAUGAAUGGGAAAGAUUUAUUAUAGAAAAAUUAUCUCGUUUAAAAACUUUUUAUUUUAAAUUUCAAUUAAAAUCAACAAUUAUUCUUAAUGCAAUAGCUAUUCAAAAUAUUUUACAUUCAUAUUCAAGUUCAUAUUGGCUGAAUGAAAAACAUUGGUUUAUUGCAAUAGAAUGGAAUCAAAAAUUAAUUUAUUCAGUUCCACGAUUUUCAUGUGAAUCAGCUGAUUCAAAUUUUCGUCCACCAUUUCAUUGUACAACAUUGAAUAAAUCGAUUUUUUAUGAUCAUAUAAAUGCACUAGCUGUAUGGGAACAAACAGAAUAUCAAUUUUUAAAUGUAAAAGAACUUUGGCUUAUUGAUGAUCCAUUAACAAUAAAUUUAGAAUUAAUAAUAGAUUUAAAUCGAAUAGAACGUUUAAUAUUUGUUUCAUCAAAAAUAGAUUUUUCAUCUAAUAUAUUAAUUGAUCUUAUUAAUAAAAUGAAAAAUUUAAUUUCUAUUCAAUUUUAUGAUAUUCCAUUAUCACUUAAUCAAUAUGAACAAGAAAUUUUUAUUAAACAAGUUCGUUCAAUUGAAUUAACAAGAGAUUAUAAAUCAUUUUCAUUAAUUGAAAAAUUAAAUAAAUUAUUUCCUCAAAUUGAACGUUUACGAAUUAAAAUUAAAUCUAAUAAAGAUAUUGAAAAAAUCUUAAAUAUAUUUUCAAAAUCUUUAUCAAUUGUUAUUUUUUAUUAUGAUACAUCAAAUAUAAUAAUUAAUCAAAAAUCAAUAGAAAAUAUUUUAGAUCAUUCAAAUUUUACAUUUACAAUUGAUAAUAAUUCUAUUAGACUUUGGAUUGGAUUACCGAAUAUAUCGAAACAAGUUCAAAUUGAACAAAGAAGAAAUUUUGGAUGUUUUUCAUGGUGUUCUUCACGAAAAUUUUUAUUCAAACGAUAG